AUGAGUUUACCAAGAACAUUAUUUGCUGUACUACUCAGCUAUGCGUCACUGUGCGCCCUCAGCGGGCCCCCGAUGGUGCAAGGCUUCUCCAUUGGCCAAUCGAAAUAUGGACGCAUCGAAAAGUUUCCCUACCAAGUGAUGCUAAUCGGCAAGCAGUUGUGGCGCAAACGCAUCCUCUGCGGUGGCACUUUGCUCGAUCAGCGCUGGAUACUCACCGCUGGCCACUGCACCAUGGGCGUCACACAUUUCGACAUCUACCUGGGCGCACUCACCGUUGAAGAUACACCCGAAACGGGCCGUCUAGUGCUGCGUUCCAACAAAUUCAUCGCACACGAAGGCUUCAAUCCCGAAACAGCCGCCAAUGACAUCGCACUCAUCAAGCUGCCGGUCGAUGUAGCCUUUACACAGCGCAUACAACCCGCCACACUGCCAUAUCUCAGCCGCAAAGACGCACUCACCGGCGCCAAAGUGGUAGCCACCGGCUGGGGUGCCAACAGCGAGCUAUCCAAUUACAAUCCUAUGCAAUACACCGAACUGCGCGUGAUCUCAAAUCAGGAGUGUGCCAACGAAUUCGACGUCAUUACGAAUGGCGUACUC